ACUCAAUCAAUGGCAUUUAUGAUCCGAGCAGGGUCGAAAGAGGUUUCACUUAAGUGUUAAUGGAUUUAACAGCCUUGUUUAUCAGUUUUCUUUUCUCGGCUCUGUUUGCGGGCAUGAUAUACGUAAGGCUGACUUAUAAGUCCAGAAAGUUACCUCCGGGUCCACCAAGAUGGCCCAUAUUCGGCAACCUCCUCCAAUUGGGUCAUCUUCCUCAUCGAGACCUUGCCUCUUUGUGCCAUAAAUAUGGUCCCCUUGUUUACCUCCGACUCGGUAACGUCGACGCAAUCACCACUAACGAUCCCCAAAUCAUACGCGAAAUACUUGUUCAACAAGAUGAAGUCUUCGCCUCCCGUCCGAGGACUCUAGCCGCCGUGCAUUUGGCGUACGGGUGCAACGACGUCGCUCUGGCCCCUCAUGGUCCAAAAUGGAAACGAAUGAGAAGAAUUUGCAUGGAGCACCUCUUGACGACAAAGCGACUGGAGUCGUUUGCGACUCAACGAGCCAAUGAAGCCCAGCACCUGGUUCGAGAUGUUUGGUCGCGGGCUCAAAGUGGGAAGGCCAUGAACCUGAGGGAAGUGUUGGGUGGGUUUUCGAUGAACAAUGUGACUAGGAUGUUGCUUGGGAAGCAGUAUUUUGGGUCUGGAUCAGCCGGUCCAGAAGAAGCCAUGGAGUUCAUGCAUAUAACCCACGAGUUGUUUUGGCUGUUGGGUGUGAUAUAUUUGGGUGACUAUUUGCCAAUUUGGAGGUGGGUGGAUCCUUAUGGAUGCGAGAAGAAAAUGAGACAAGUGGAAAAGAGGGUGGAUGAUUUUCACAUGAAGAUUAUUGAAGAACAUAGAAGGAAAAAAAAUAUUGGAGGUAAAGAAGAUGAGGAGGAAAUGGACUUUGUUGACGUUCUAUUAUCUUUGCCUGGUGAAGAUGGCAAAGAGCGCAUGGAUGAUGUUGAAAUUAAAGCUCUAAUUCAGGAUAUGAUAGCCGCUGCCACAGACACUUCAGCUGUGACUAACGAAUGGGCAAUGACGGAGGUGAUCAAGCACCCACGUGUCCUCCGAAAGAUCCAAGAAGAGCUUGAUCUCGUUGUGGGCCCCACUCGAAUGGUCUCCGAAUCUGAUCUUCCCCAUCUAAACUACUUGCGUUGCGUUGUACGAGAAACUUUCCGCAUGCACCCAGCCGGACCGUUUCUCAUCCCGCACGAAUCGUUACGCGCCACGACGAUCAACGGCUGCCAUAUUCCAGCCAAGACACGCGUUUUCAUCAACACUCAUGGGCUGGGUCGGAACACCAAGAUCUGGGACGAGGUGGAGGAGUUUAGGCCUGAAAGGCACUGGCCGGGCGAUGGAAGCCGGGUAGAGAUUAGCCAUGGAGCCGACUUCAAGAUAUUGCCAUUCAGCGCUGGGAAGAGGAAAUGUCCCGGCGCGCCGCUGGGAGUGACUCUGGUUUUGAUGGCCUUGGCCCGACUGUUUCACUGUUUUGAUUGGGCUCCUCCGGAGGGCUUGAGGCCCGAAGAUAUUGAUACCCAUGAAGUUUACGGAAUGACAAUGCCCAAAGCCCAUCCCCUCAUGGCAAUUGCUACACCACGUUUGGCUCACCAUUUGUAUUUCUAGAUAAUACUUUUGCAAAGUGAAAAAUAACUGGUUGUUAAAGAUUUAUAUUCGAUGUGGACUUUCAGAGAGCACGCAACAGCCAGUUGGCGCUACUUAUAAAAAAAAAAAAUA